GCAUACUUUACGUGAUGAGCGGUUUAAUGUUGAAAAAUCAGCUGCAACUCAGCCCAUGCUACUUGUCAUAUCCGACCACUAGGAUUGAAAUACGUGGAGCCAUCACUUGCAAGGACGACGCACGCAACCAAUUUGACACCUCAGUAUAAAAAUCUUUCAGGCUAUGGCUGGUGUACCGUCAACUGAAAUUCCCAAAAAGUAGAAACAGGAAUUUCUUCAAGUUAUUUGCAGAAAACGCUUAAAGCUUGAUAGAAAGAGCUUUUGUAGUCUUUUAGGUAACUUCAUAGUGAGAGAAAGUUGUUGAUUUUUUUGGCUAGGAAGAAGCUCAAGUGUCAAUUCGAAAUAGCAUCGAUUUGAAUUUUUUUUUUUUUUUUGGUUGAAAUUUUGGUAGCUGAGGAUUUCUAGGCAUAAGAGAUUAUACGGUGCAGUUUGGAGAGAGGCACCUUAGAUGGGUUCAUUGACUAUCACCAAGGAACUUUGAACAAGUCACGGGUUAUUACUGCAGGCCAUGGAGAAUUGUGGAAGCAUCACCGAAAAGCUCUUCUCCAAUGGAGAUGCUUAUGUGGGUAGUUUCAAGGCGAUGCUUCCUCAUGGAAGAGGUAAAUACACCUGGUCAGAUGGAUCCGUUUAUGAUGGUUGUUGGGAAGAAGGAAAAAUGACUGGUGAAGGACGGCUUAUUUGGCCUUCCGGAGCUUCAUAUGAGGGUGACUUCUCUGGGGGUUACCUCCAUGGUUUUGGAGUGUUUAAUGGGUCCGAUGGCUCAAUUUACAGAGGUGUUUGGAGGAUGAAUACCCAGCAUGGGAUAGGAAGAAAGCAGUAUCAGAAUUCUGAUGUUUAUGAUGGUUGUUGGAAAGAGGGAGUACGUGAAGGCAGUGGUAGAUAUGCAUGGAGUAAUGGCAACAUGUAUGUCGGGAACUGGAAAGAUGGAAAAAUGAGUGGUAGAGGUGUUAUGAAAUGGUUCGAUGGUGAUCUUUUUGAUGGAUUUUGGUUGAAUGGUUUUAGACAUGGGUCAGGCUGUUACCGAUUUGCUGAUGGAAGUUACUACUUUGGGGGAUGGACUAAAGGGCUAAAAGAUGGACAUGGAAUGUUCUAUCCUGCUGGAAAUAAGCAUCACUCAGUGACGAGGUGCAGUGAUUGGAAAAAUGAGAAGCGGAAAAAGCAGCUCUCAAAUCUUUCAUCAGCUAAUUCCGAGUCUGUGAAACCUAAAGUGAAGCGUAGUCUUUCGGAUAAAAUCUCCUCUGGUUUGCUUAAAGGUUCAGGGAGCUUAUCAGUGAAGACUAUAUCACAGGGAGAAGACAUAGCCCUUGAUGAUUCCAGCAGAGACAUUUUGGCCUGUGAUUCAUCAAGUGCAUUAUCUCAAAGCUCUCGUGAUGACAAAACGGAUCUUCUGGAAACAGGGUCUGUAGCUUAUGAAAGGGAAUACACACAAGGAGUCCUAAUGAAAGAAAGGAUUAUAAAUAUUAGUAGGCUGUCUCGCAAAAGUAAACAACGGCUUAAAUUUCAGGCAAAAGAAGUAAAAAGGAGGUCCUGUGUGGCCUUUCUGGAAGGCCGUAAGAGCUACUAUCUGAUGCUUAAUUUGCAACUUGGUAUCAGGUAUUCUGUUGGCAAGAUCACUCCUGUGCCUAUCCGUGAAGUGAGACAAUCAGACUUUGGAGAUCAGGCAAGAAUCAAAAUGUACUUUCCCAGGAAGGGCUCGCAAUUUACACCUUCACAUCAUUCCGUUGAUUUUUAUUGGAAGGAUUAUUGCCCUAUGGUUUUCAGAUAUUUAAGAGAGUUGUUCAAGCUGGAUGCUGCAGACUAUAUGAUGUCCAUCUGUGGUGAUGAUGGUCUGAGAGAGCUUUCAUCUCCUGGAAAAAGUGGCAGCCUUUUCUAUCUUUCUCGUGAUGAUAGAUUUGUGAUCAAGACUUUAAAGAAGUCUGAGCUCAAGGUUCUACUGAAGAUGCUUCCUUAUUACUAUAAUCAUGUAAAGGAACAUGACAACACCCUCAUAACAAAAGUUUUUGGGGUGCACAGGAUAUCAUUGAGACGUGGAAAAAAGGUACGCUUUGUAGUCAUGGGGAAUAUGUUUCUGACUGAAUUGAGAAUACAUCGCCGCUAUGAUCUGAAAGGUUCUUCUCAUGGGAGAUUUACGAAGAAAGAUCGGAUUGACGAGACGACUACAUUAAAAGACCUCGAUUUAACAUAUGAGUUUCAUAUGGACAAGUUAUUACGUGAGGCACUUUUCAAACAAUUAUCUUUGGACUGCGGAUUUUUGGAAUCUCAGAACAUUAUAGACUAUAGCCUUCUAUUGGGGUUACAUUUUAGAGCUCCUGAGAAUCUAAUAUCUCUUUUACAGCCACCUGAUUCUGUGCACAAAGUUGAAACUAAUCCUGAUCAUUUGGAAGGUGGGAUAUCUCAGGGGGAGCUCUCAAUUCCACCAAGGGGUUUGAUUUUAGUAACCCAUGAACCCAGUUCUGUCAGCGCUACACCAGGUCCUCAUGCAAGAGGAAGUACACUGAGAGCCAUGUCCGUUGGUGACCAGGAGGUUGAUCUUCUUUUGCCUGGUACUGGAAGGUUAAGGGUACAAUUAGGUGUAAACAUGCCCGCCCAAGCAAACCAAAGAGUCAUGCAGGAUGAGUCAGCUUCAGUCCAAGUUGAACUCUUUGAGGUAUAUGAUGUUGUUCUAUAUCUCGGAAUAAUUGAUAUACUGCAAGACUACAACACGAAAAAGAAACUGGAGCACACCUACAAAUCGUUUCAGUUUGAUCCCAUGUCGAUCUCCGCAACUGAACCCAAGAUUUAUUCGAAACGUUUCCUCAAUUUCUUGGAGAAAGUGUUCCCCGCUGAACCAUGAAAAGUCUAAUAAUUAUCUUGCAAAUACUUUUUUGCUGUCCAGCUGAGACGCUCUUCAGUUUUCUUGAUUAGAGCUGGAUGGAGAAAAGCCUUCUCAUGAUCUAUUGAAGAGCAAAUUUAUCACCACCCGACUAUUCCAUUCUUAAUGUACCCAAAUGUACGUGGUUCUUUUGUACAGUUGACUUAAGCCAACAGUUUUGUAGCUGAAAGGGUCUUCGGUGUUGAUUUAUCUUGAAGAUUUUUGCUUUAAGCUAAGCUUCUUGUUUCAAUUC